GCCCAGUUGACAUAUCCAUCUCCAUCAGCAUCCUACUUUUUGAUCAGCCUCCGUUAGCUGAUUGUAUUGAAAUGAUUGGAUUGUGAUAUACCCGCGUAAUUCGACACUGGGCGAUCCCGUCAGUUGUGUGUUUUCCGUUUGUUUUCAUUUUGUCGGUCGAAAUUUGCAUCGGGAAUUCGUUCGAAACCCUCGGGAGUUCGGGAUCGUACCAAGUGUCAAGUGAUUUCGAGGUUACUAACCUGUUGAUUCGUGGAUUUUCAAAGUGAUUGAUGAAGAUUGAGUAGCCGCAAGUUUUCUGUUAUCCUUAACAAGAAGUGUUUUUGCCUGUGGAAUGACUGUGGGGCUCUUGCUUACAUCGACAAGAAAGCAUCACUGAUAACAGUUUCCUCACAAUCAACAGGUAUUAAAGAAGAAAAAUGCCAGUCGAUUUUGAAGUUUGUCUUGAGUAGUUCGUAAAAACACCAAGACACAGAAAUGACGAUAAGCUAGUUAAAAACACUUGACAUUCAUGAUGCUCAGAACCAAAAGCAAUCCAUUGUGGACUAAUGUAGACAAUCACACAAAUCCUUCUAUAACAGGAAAAAAACUUAGAGGGACCAAGACUCUUUUUCUGCGCUAAGCAUGUGGGAGAUGGAGAGGAGGUACUCAGUGCCAUCCAAUGACACGGGACUUGUAGACUCCUCGUCUGCAACCGCCCGAUCUGCACCUCACUCUCAUCAAAAAACUCCCUCCCUCUCACCCACCAUUCUCGGACCCCUACCACCUUCAACUGCUGCCUCCGCUUCUGCAUCAGAAGAUCUUCAUGCAUGGUCCAUCUACAGGCAAAAUUUAAACUCGGAUUUUACAGACUCAGCUCUUGGAUCAAGUGAAAAGUCACCCCUGCCCUAUGGUAAUUUUCAAUUAAGAGAAUCAACCGUUCAGUCAAUUCUAAGUCACCCCCGCUAUGGACCAAAAUCUCCCUUGGGUUCGAAUAUGUAUACCUACCUGAAGUUUGGACUUCCUCGAGUGCUUCCGCCCAACGCUGUUGCAGGGGGCCCCCGAGCAGGGUCUCGUGCUCCUCGAGACGGCUCCAGUGGGUAUAAUUCCAGUGAUGAGGGCGGUGGGCCUGGAGGGCGAAGCGGAAGGCAUCACUCACAUUACGGCCCGUCUCAUCAGUCUCAAUCGUACUACCUGAGAACUCGGAGUGAUCCUGACUUCCGCAACACACCCUAUCAUGGACCGGUCAUGCGAAGAGGUCCAAUGGUGGGUCCAGUAGAAUACAAGGGUGUACGUCAGAAGAGCAUGAGUGAAGCCAACCUUCUAUCAGCAGAAGCAGUCAUGCGCCACCAACAUCAUAAUAUUGGAAUGGUCGGAAUGGAAAGGAGGCCGCAGCAUAGACGCAGUGUCCACGAUUUGCGAGCAGUCUCAGAGAUGGAGCAUCAUAUCCAUCCUCAACACGCUGACUUUUUACAUCGGAGACCUGCAUCAGUAGCUGUGCCUAAUAUUGGUCCGCAUCGCAGCUCAUCAGCAAGUAUUCUCAGUGGUGGCGGUUAUGUCCCCCAGUUUGAGCCCGAUAUCAUGUCAUUCCAAGUGACGCGACCCAACAUGUAUAGUGGUCAAUACCCUCACUUGCAAGUUCGGGGUCUAGAUGUUUUGCUCAACAAAAAUGAAGCUUUACUCCAAGGUAUCUCUUUUGAAGUACGGGCUGGAGAGCUACUAUCAGUGAUGGCAACUUCUGCUGAAGAAGGCACAGCAUUUUUAGAUUCUCUAGCUGGAAGGUGCAAGUGUCGUGCGAACCAUAUUUUGCUCAAUGGACAAAGUGUUUCCAUAGAAGUUUUGAAGCAGCGAAUCACAUAUGUCCGCUCAAAAACGUUUCUUUCGCCUGAUUUCAAUGUUGCUCAAACUCUCACCUUUUAUUCCAAGUUACGAAGAUCUCCCAGGGUUACUGGAAUUAAAUAUUCUCUCACAGAAAAAAUGGAACUUUUAAUCGAAGAACUAGGCUUAACGCAAGUUCUGAACACCAAAGUAUCGAGUCUAACCUCAUCAGAAAUCCAAAGACUGAAUCUUGCCUGCCAUCUUUUAUCGGACUCAGAAAUUCUACUUCUUGAUCAACCAACACAAGUCAUGGAUAUUUUUGAUACAUUUUUUUUGGUAGAGUUUCUUCGUCAGUGGGCAUCUGGGGGAUCAACUGGAAUGAUGGGUCGGAUAAUCAUUCUAACGCUACAUCCACCAACAUACGAAAUUUUCACAAUGGUCUCCCGUGUUCUCCUGAUUUCCAGUGGUCGAAUGAUGUACUCUGGCCGCCGUCGAGAUCUGUUACCGUACUUUGCCACUGCAGAUUAUCCAUGCCCAGCCUUUAAGAACCCAUCAGAUUAUUAUUUGGAUCUUGUUACUCUGGACGAUUUAUCUGCAGAGGCAAUGUUGGAAUCUAGCCAAAGAAUUGAACAAUUAUCAGAACUGUUCAAACGGAGGCAGGAACCCUUGACAGAUCCAGGACCGCUUCAAGCCUUACCCGGAAAAACUAGGCGAGCGGGGAUUUUCUCUCAAGCCAGUGCCAUAGUCUUUCGCCAAAUGGUAUACUCUCAGCCAAGCAGUCUUCUCGAUUGGCUAUCAUAUCUGCUCCUUGCCAUCGUUCUUUCAUUGAUCAUUGGUGCUGUUUUCUGGAAUUUGCCUCAAACGGAUCCACAACUGACACUAAAUGAUAGGCUUGGGUUUCAUCAUACAAUAUUUUGUGUUGGAUCGUUGCCUUUGCUGCUAUUACUGGCUGUGGCUCGCUCUCAUGGUCAUGAUCGAGCCGCUGUUGAAAGUGAUGUUGAGGCUGGACUCUACAGCCGUUUCAUCUACAUCUUUGUUGCGUUGCUAUGUGGCCUACCAACAUCAUUGGUGAUAUGGCUUGCAUACAUUAUCCCUGCGUAUGCAAUGACAGGUGACAUGCAGGGAAAUGAAAUAUAUUUCUAUAUUCUGUACAUGCUAUUACAUUUAAGUGGGACCCAGGCAUUUGUAACAAUGCUGGGAUAUGCGUUGCCAAAUUGUAUUUCUGUUGCCAUAUUGUCGAGUAUACUGCUCAUUGUGUUAUCACUUGUCAACGGCUUCUCCAUUCAUCUCAACGAUCUUCACGGUGAUCUUCAACAGUCACCUUGGUUUAAUUAUUUCGACUAUGUAGGACUUCUGUCAACAUCUCGGUGGAUUAUGCCUGUCUUCCUACAGCAGGAGCUCUCCACUGAGACAUUGGUGCUCAACGCAGCUAAUCUUGUCUGCAGGAAUAAACAGGUGCAACACCAAGAUAUAAUAGUACAAUUACCAUGUCCUGCCCCAAAUGGAACCGCUGCAUUACAGUUUUAUGGGUACCUGUCUGCUAAGGAUUACAAUCCUUUCCAUAUCACCAGCUGGCAGCCAUAUUAUGCACCUACUGGCUUUUAUAUUGUUUCAAUUGUAAUUUCUAUAUUUUUAUACGUCCUUGUCGGAAAACACUGUUAUAAGUACAAAAGUAUACGCAGAUGAUAAUAGCUAAUAAUUAAAAUAUCAAUGCUUUUCUA